AUGGCUGCGGAUGCAAUGCUGCACGUCGUGCCUUCUGUGACAGGGCUUGGUGAAGUUUGGAUGCGCCACGUCUCCGCACAGGCUAUAUCGAGCAUCAGCUUGGGGACGCAGAACCAACGAGGCGACCAGGGCAGGCAUGAACACGACUCCGGGAAGCGCAAUGCCACCAGCUGGAAGGCACUGCCCUGGCACGAGGAUGGUGAAUGGUGGUCGAACGGUCUCGCUCGGAGGAAUUGA